AUGAAGAUGUCGCUGGUACUGUCAGAAGAACAGAUCAGCAGCUGCCGACGAGGAUCAGAUAUAGAUAUUGAGGCAAUUUUUGGGGGUCACAUUUCCGGAAAGCGAAAUCCAGAUGUGAGAGUCAACCCUAUUUUUAAUGGUAAACAUAACAAAGGUGAUGGAUACCAGUCAAGUGAAGUGGACAGUGAAAAUAAUAUCAUAAAUGGACAAAAGGACCAGUCCAGCACAGAAAUCCUAGUGAAUCAAAACACUGAAGAUCAAUUGACAAUUCAUCAGAGCACUGACAGAAAGAGUAUGGUUACCAAUCAGGAAAGUCAAAUAUCUGUACGAUCAGAACGUGAGAGUUUGAAAGUGACAAAUGGCAAUGUGUUAGUAGGAGAUAUUGUCAUAGAGAAUGGAUACAAAAAUCCAAGUUUUGAGGGAGAUGUGAUAACAGAAUCAGUCAAACAGAGAAUCGCUGAUUGGUCGACAUCAGACAGGAAUGGAGAAUCAAACAAUACCAUGCAAUAUUCUGAUAGUAAAACUACUGACUCGCCUCAUACUAUUUCUCAAAACAAUAACAGCAUAUCAGACUGGCCUGACCUGGAUGAAAUAACCUUCACAGAAACAUCAGAGGUUAAAGACCCAGACAAAAACAUGUGUAACCAUGGAAAAAGUGAUCCAAGUUGCUUAUCCAUGGAAACAGAUUUAUCAAAUGGUUUUGUGAAUCAUAACACUUGUCAGAGCGAUAACGAAGACAUUGUUGUCAAAUCAGAUGAUGGUGUCCAUACAAACUCCACAGAAAAUGGUAUCAUAUCACUUGAGAACGGUCACCAUGACCCAGUCAUGACAGAGAAAGACGACUCUAAAGAGUGGGAACACGUCAAUGGAAGUGAAAUAAAACCUGGAAAGAAAAUAAAAGAAAGGAAAAAUUCUGUGCCAGAUCAUAUUCAGAACUGUGUAGGCUUGGACCGACCAAAAGGAAUCAAACCAAUUCUUGUGUCAGGAAUUUCAGUCGACGAAACUAAUCCUUCAUGCGAACAAUCUGAACACAAGACUGUUAAGUUCUCAGAUGAUACUGUGUUUAAUGAUGGCCGACCAAAUAAAUACCGACGAGACACAAAACUGAUCAACCUUCGGGAAAUCUACAAAGGCAAGGUAAACAGUGAUUAUGCCCUUGCCAAGCCAAACCCUAUCUUUUUGGAUGACAAUGGUCUAGAAAACAGUCUAACUGAUGAUGAGAAGGUAGCCCGAAGUUGGGGUCAGGUUAAAGGCUACAUGGCAUUGCCUACAUUCCUCAGCCACCACAUGAUCACGUCUUCAAAACAGGCUUUUAUCACCGACCAAAGCCCUAAGCCACUCCAGUUGGACGAGACUGGUGACAUUGAAACCAUUGAAACGGAAGGGAAGCCUCGGUACGACAGACUCAUUAAACAGACCAUUGCUAGGCAACGACGCAGCAAACUCAUACGCCUUAUUUUUGCGUUCCUUGCAUUUCUUGUUGUUAUAGCAGCUGUUGUUUUGUUGGUGAUAUAUUUUGGGAAGUCCUGA